AUGCUCCUCAUGUCGGACUGGGUGCUGAAGCACUACCACGAGAUCCCAAUCGUCAUUGGCGCGGCCCUCGCCGCCGUCCUCCUCGGCGUCGUCAUGCUCUACAUCUGGGUCGCAUCGCGCCAGGUGCGCCCGCGCAAGACCCGCGCGCUCUCGAUCGACGCCCGAUCGGAUGGCACGGCGUCGGCGCCGGGGUCGCCCAAGGCCAAGCACAUGCGCAAGCGCAUGUCCUUUGACGCGGACGUCGACUACGAAGUCAACGAGCUCCGCGAAGAAGAGAAGGAGCUUGGCGAGCGCGACGCCAACAUCAUGUGGCUCAAGGCGCAGGUGUGGAGCGAGGACCAGCUGCAAAUGUACGCGGGUCUGACCAAGAUGUUCUUCUCGUCGUUUGAAAACGAGUUUAUGGAGGAGAUCAUUCGGCAUGUGGCGGCAAUCGAGUAUGCCCCCGACGCCAUCAUCUUCGACCGCGCCGUCCACGAUGGGUCGCUGCUCAUGGUCGGCCGUGGCUCGGCGCUCCUCUCGGCGUUCUACGAAGACAAAGUCUACUCGAGCGCGAUUCCGAAGGACGAGUGUCUCUCGUCGACGCUCGUGCAACUCCAAACGCUCUUCCACGACCCGUCGAUCGCGCGUCUCGACUUGGAGGCGCGCGCCGGUCCCGAGGGCGCCACGGUCCUGCGCAUCGACCAGUCGGUGCUGCUCCAAGCCAUGGAGCUACACCCGAAGAACCAACUCCAGCUCGCCCAAGUGGCCCUCGCGCAGCUGGACCGUGUCACGACCCGGUCGCUCAUCGACUACUUUGGCCUUGUCAACCACGUGAUCCACCCCGUACCGCUCUUUGACGUGCCCUCGGACCGCACCGAGGUUGCCCACGUCGUCGCACAUGCGCUUGGUCUUGACUUUAAGGAGCUCGAGGAGCAAUUCCGCCUCGGGUGUCGGCUCCUUACGCUCGAAGACGGCUGGCUUCUCCAGGACCAGAAGGAGCAGCGCUCGAGCAACGCCGCGGACGUGUACUUUGUCGUCGAAGGCGCGAUCGCGGUCGACGUGGCCAUGUCCAUGGGCAACGUCACCGACACGCUCGUCAAGAUGUACGAGGCGACGCCGGGCUGCGCCAUUGGCGUGAGCACGGCCAUCACCGGUGACGCCGGCAUGGUUGAAGCGCGCACGAUUGGCACCACGACGGUGUUGCACUUGGACGGCAACGUCUUUCGGUCGCUCCUGCGGCACGCGUCGUUUGUCUCGAGUUGUGUCAAGCACGUGCUGCGCCAGUAUGACCCGAUGGUGCCGAUGCUCGACAACUUUUUCGAAUGGAUCCACCUCAACAGCGGCGACUCGCUCUUCCACGUCGGUGACGAGUGCGACUCGACGUACACGCUUUUGACCGGCCGCCUCCGCGCCAUCCAGGAUCACGUGAGCACGACGGGUGCCAUUGUCAAGACGAGCAACGAGCUCAUGAAGGGCGCGACGCUGUGCGCGCUCGACAUGCUCGCCUCCCGGCGCAGUGCGUCGACGGUCUACGCGAUUCGCGACUGUCAGAUCUCCAAGAUGCCGCGCGUCAUCUUUGACUACAUUUUGCGCGUCUACCCCGACGUGCUGGCCCACGUGACGCGGGAAGUCGCGUACCGCUCCACGAAUGGUAGCCGCUCCGUGCCCCUCACCCUCUUUUCUCCAUUCCGCCUCUUAGCGCUGCCGCAGAGCAAGACGUUUCCGCUGCUCGGCACGCGCAAUGCUGGCGCAUCACCGCAACUCCCUGUCGGUACGAUUGCGGUGCUGGCCGCGAGCAAGGACGCAUGCGUGCACGAGUUCAGCAGCAUGCUGGCCAAAGCACUCAACACGCUCGCAACCACCGAAGUCGUGUCUUCGCAAAAGGCGAUCGAGGUGUUUGGCGGGCAGUGGCGGUCGCUCUCGGCCAUCGCGCGCUCGCGCAUGUCCAACUGGCUUGCCGAGGUUGAGAGUGUCAACCAGCUCGUCUUGUACGAAGCCGACACGACGCUGACCGAGUGGACGCGGCUGUGCAUCCGGCAGGCCGAUCACAUCUUGCUGCUCACGUCUGAAACAUCGGAAUUUUGGAUCGACGAGCUCCAGGGCCUCCUGCGGUCCGCGUACGAGCGCAAGAAGGUCGAAAUCAAUCUGGUGCGUCUCCGCCGCGACACGGACGACAUGUCGACGCCGAUGAAGAAGCUCGACUCGCGCGACUGGAUCAGCUACUCGCACAACAUUCGCGUGCCGUUCUCAAAGUACGAGAGCGAUCUGCUCCGCAUCUCGCGGCGGGUGACGGGUCGUUCGAUUGGCAUUGUCCUUGGCGGUGGCGGCGCCCGCGGCCUCGCCCACAUUGGCGUGCUCAAGGCGCUGGAAGAGUGCGGAAUUGACGUUGACGUUGUCGGUGGCACGAGUAUGGGCGCGUUCAUGGCCGGCCUGUACGCCCAGUACCCCAAGGACUUGGAAAAGGUGGUUGAAAAAUCCCGCAGUUUUGCGAAAUCCAUGGGCAGUCUCUGGAAGAAAUUUUGCGAGCUCACGCUGCCGAUCGCGUCCUUCUUUACGGGCGCCGGCUUCAACGGCAUCAUCCACCAAGAGUUUGGCGACAUUCGCAUCGAGGAUCUCGUGCUCAACUUUUUCUGCAUCUCGACCGACAUUGUCAAGUAUCGCACCGGCGUCCACCGCGCGGGACUGCUCUGGCGCUACGUGCGUGCGUCCAUGUCGCUGCAAGGAUACCUCCCGCCGAUCUCAGACAACGGGUCGCUUCUCCUGGACGGCGGGUAUGUCAACAACCUGCCUGCGGACGUGAUGAAGGAAGAGGGUAUCAACAUUAUUGUGGCCGUCGACGUCGGUGGCGACCCCGAGUGGAGCUAUUAUGAGUACGGCGACUCGCUCUCGGGCUGGUGGCUUCUCAAGAACAAGCUCAACCCGUUUGAGCGCACGGCCCAAGUGCCGUCGAUGGGCGAUGACAACGUCAUCAACACUUGCGUGGACUUGUACCUCAAGCCGCCGGUCCAGCACAUUGGCACGCUCCAGUUUGAACGCCUCGACGACGCGAUCCAGGUCGGCUACGAGUAUGCGCUGCCCAAGAUCAAGGACUGGAUGCAGCGCCAGCCGCACCUCUUCAAGCUGCGGCGCCAACUGAGCCGCGCGUCGCCAGCGCUUUAA